AACAUCAAAAAGGGGGCAUCAAAAAUGAAUAAACAUAAAUCGUAUUUUAAAAUUGAUAAAAUUUUUUAUCUCAGUUAAAAAGUUAAAUCUUAUCAGAUAUUAAUUAUUAUGGAAUAUUUAAUAUGAUUUAAACAUAAAAAGCAUAAACAAAUUAAAUUAAAAGUUAAAAUAUCCAAGAGUGACCAGCUUAAAAAUAACAUUUCAAAAUAAUAUCGAUUAUUCGGGAGAAACAAAACAUCGCCAUAAUAUUAUUAUUUUGGAAACAUCAAGAGUGCAUAUUGCAAUUAGAGAGAGAGACAGUGCAUGGGGAAAAAUCAAUUAGGGACCAGCAGCGAUGGAGCAGCGUGCAAAUUUCCUAGCACUGACCCUCCUGGACGCGUUGGAGGAUGAGAACGAGGCGGACAUCAUGUCCAUGCUGGACAGGAACAGCAUCAACGCUGGCGUCGUGCCUUGCGAGCGUGGACUGGCUCCCCUGCACUACGUCUGUGGCAUGCGUAACGAGGAUCUGGCCAAACGGAUCCUUGUCCGAUUCCUAGAGUGCCCCGAUCUGGACGUGGAUGCCCUGUGCGACGGCAGGACUACGGCUCUGCACAUCGCCAGCAUCUACGGACGUGUUGAGAUUGUAAGGAUGCUCCUGGAGCGCGGAGCUCGAGCUGACCUUGCAGACGAGGAGAACAAACUGCCAGUCCAUUACGCCAUUGAGGAGUGCCACUUUGAAGUCCUUCAGCUCUUGAGGGAUCACAUUUUCCAACAGAAGCGGAAGAAGAAGUUGCAGCAGGAGUCACUAAGCACUCCCAAUCAGCUGAAGUAUAAUCACGACGUCACCUCUCCCUACUACAUAAACAUUACCCACAGGCGGAAUCGGCCGCAGCCCAAGUUUCCGGAUGUUAGCAAUGAUCUCCACAGUAUUCCGCCGCUGCCAGACGAGGAGUCUGUGAACCUGUUUUCGCUCACAGAAGCCCAUCUCACGCAGCUGAUUCAGAGCCAGCAAGACCGACAUACCGAGGAUCCUGAUCACCCCAAGCAGCGAACGCUCAUCGAGAGCUGGCGGGAAAAGGUGAAUCGUUCUCGUGCCCGUCAGUCCCUUCUCAAGCAGUACGACGAGCAUGUGGAGGCACUGGUGGAUGAGGCCCUCGGCCAGGAUGACUUCAACUACAAACAGCACGUACAGCAGCAGCUGCGCGUGGAGGAAAACUCCGAGGAGGCAACGGAAGAAGCAUCCAGCUCCGGACGGCAGGUGUUCGAGCAGCUGGUGGAGCAGGUCGCCCAAGCAGUGAUUGUGGAGCCCGAGACCGAGCCCAGUUUCUUCACCGCCACCGAAGACUUGGACAGUUCGCGGCAGCGACAGGAGGAAUAUUUCCUGCAGAUCAAGGAGGCCUAUGUCCACACGGACGACGAGAACGGAUUGGUCUUCUACGAGGCCAAAUUUCUGCAAAACGGAGAUGGCCGGAAGCCAGUUAGUGUGGAACCUGCGGAGAAGACCCCUGACCUCGACAGUACAGUCAGCACUAAUGUGACUCUGCCGCUCGACUAUGAGACGGAUGCCCUACGCCGAGAGCUUACCCAGCUGGGUGCUCCGGUCGGUCCAAUUACAAAGACCACCAAGCGCCUCUACAUCAAACAGCUUAUCAAGUACAAGAGGAACACGGAUGCACUGAUGGCCGCCCAGAAGCAUGCCCAGGACUCGCAGAUUCGUUACUCCGUGGAGUUGCAUCGUACGCUGCGCUCGCCGGAGGAUUUCGCCAAGAUCAGUGACUACAUGCCGCACGAGGCCGUCUCCGCGCAGCACUUUGCAAAGUGCAACCUGCCGAAGAAGAGUUUGCGGGAGGGACAUCUGAAGCAGAGCUUCAUUUACAUGCUGAUCGAUCCGCGAAUAUCACGGAAUCUGCCUGGAGAAAGCGCUUUCCUGGACAAGUUCGAUAUUUGGCAGCGGUUCCUGGACUCCAUAUUUUACGUCGGAAAGGGCAAGACCUCGCGUCCCUACGCGCAUCUGUACGAUGCCAUGAGACAGCACACCCGGCUCCACCAGCAAAGGAACAAGGCGAAGAAAGGAGAACGUCCUGGGGGAUUCCGCACCCUGCAGCCGGAAGUGUUUCGAUCGCCACCCCCGGCGGAUGCCAAGAUGGGAAGCGAGAAACUGGAUCGGAUAUUGAGCAUUUGGCAGCACGGAAGUGGCGUUGUCUGCCUGCAUGUUUUCCACAACAUCAUGCCCAUUGAUGCCUAUACCCGAGAGGCGUCCAUCAUUGAUGCCCUGGGACUGGUGCACCUGACCAACAUGAAGCGCGGCGACUACUACGGCCCGGCACAGUCCUGGACGAUGAAACAGAAGAAGCAGCUGGGCAUCGCCCUGCUCUACAAGGCCAUGCACAUCUAUUUGUCGGAAGGAGAGUCCCAGCUCUCGCCCAGUGACCUUCUCUGAAGGGGGGUUGGCUCUGGGAACCGGUACAAAGUUCGCAAAAAGUUCAAAGCUUGAUCUCAAGAAUGUUGUGUUAGAAUUUAUUCAAAAAUCGAAUCUCUCAAGUAUAGGCUUUAAAAGGCAGGCACUGUUUUCACCCGCACCUACAAUUUUCAAACAUUUUGCUUUAAUGCUAAGUUAAGCUUAAAUAAAUAUUUAAAUCAAUAAAAUAAUAUAUUUUUUAAUGAAAGGUAGAGGGUAGAUAGUUUAUAGGUAAGAGUUUUGUAGGUAAAAUUGAUUUUUUAAUAAUUCUCAGGUGGAUGUAAAUAGAAAAUAAUUGUAUCUAGUCAUCAAAAAUAAAAUCUACCUGAAAAAUCGAUUAAAUAAAAUGAAAUGUAUUUAAAAUUAAAUCAAUUCGUUUAGUAUUUUAUUAAAAAGGUGCUAAAUUAUGCCAAACCAUUAAAAUCCCCAUUGGCGCCAUCCCCCAAAAGCCUCUCUUUUUCUUUUGUUUACUUUUUGAAGCCCAAUGAAGGACGUCUUAUAUAGUCCUUUUUAUCCGUCUAAAAAGGAAAUACUAGUUUAUUUUUUAUUAAGAAAUAUAAAGAAAGUAAAAUAAGCAAGGUUGUACCUUUGGGGGGAGUUGUUCUUUAUACUUCUUUUGUUUCACAUCAAAUUAAAUAAAUAUUUUAAUAAAUUUUAUAAAAACCUAACAAAUAUGAAUUAUCCUUUGUAAGCUCAAGUCCUUGCUGCAAUCUGCAUCUUGCAACCUACCAUCAAAGGUAGAGCCCAAAAGCAUGCUGUAUCUUUGUGGUGGUUGCGUUCUGUUACGUGUAUGCUGCCUUAUAAUUCGCAACCGAUUCUGGCCGCUCUCGAAUGGAGUAAGCCAGCCGUACUGGCAUUCGUUAUCUUUGCGCAGUGGCAAUACCGUAACCGAUGAAGUUCUACUGAGGUGCGGUUAUUGCUAGUUGAAAACUUUAACCAAUACCCCGCCAUGGGGACGUGAAAUACCGUCCACUACGGCAAUUUUUGCAAGCCCGAGAGGGCUAAUUGAUUAAUAAAUAUGAAUAAUGGGAAUGUUGAUGGGUGAAGUAAAGGAGUUUGUCUUAAGGGCAUCAUAAUUAAAGCUCACUGUCCGUGUUGAGUUCCACGGGCCUCCGCUUGUACUCGAUAUCUGGCCAGGACAAGGUAGAGGAGAUAUUCGCCAAGGACAACACAGAG